AAAUUUUGAAAUCAAUCUUACAUUAAUCAAGUAGAUGAAAGUUGGAGAUUUUCAGUCGACAGAUGAACAUCCAUAAGAAGAAUAGAGGACAAGCGUUCUUAUUGGCCGAUAAGAACGCUUGGUGUACCGGUACGUACCUUUUAGAGCAAGUGAAAUUCCAUCAGCCGACGAACAACAUUCCAUUCCAUUUUGGUAAACAAGAAUGAUCGAACUUCUUUUAAAUCGCACUAUUAAAAGGAGUCGGCCAUAAAACGUUUGCCUGCGUAUAGACUUCUAGGAAGAAGCAAUUUGGAUAUCCGUAGUCCUGUCGUCUGAGUUGAAGAUGCUGCAGAGUCGUUUUUGAAUGAUGACGCAUUACUCGUCAAUGGAGCAUCGGUCAGCAAUAUCGAAAAUGAUUACAUAUAGAUAUUCCAAGAAAAAGAGAGUGGUUAACUGGGGACUUGUUUUUACUUACCAAAGUAUUUUCAUUUUCCAUGGCACGCGCCCACAUAAUUACAUUCACAGGACAGAAGACCCUCACGAUAACGACAUGCCAAUUUUUCACUCGCCAAUGACCAGCAAGCUAAAAAGCAUCGGCAUUUGGUUUGUAUAUGUUCCUCAAUAAAAAAAAACGCUGAAAUUAGAAGCCAUUUGCAGCAGUUUUGAAUACAAACAAGAAAUUAAAAAACAUAAAACAGGAAACAGGACCUUCCCCAAGUCAUUGUUUUUUACGUCAGUAAUCGGCCAAGCGUUCAUAGCCUACUUCUACAAUUAGUCGUUGGUCUGUUGACCAAGGCUCUUUUCAGAAGAAUAUACUGGGCCGUGCAUCGCCAGCGCUACAUGUCAACAUGACGGAUAAUUUGAUGAGCCGAUGAUGGACUAUGUCGACAUGUCGGGUUAACCGCGAAGGCCAUCCAAAAAUAAAAAGGAAGGUCGUCUUAAAGUGUCGUCGUUCUGACAGAAGUUCAAUGAUGAGAAAUUCAAAAAAAACAAAAGACGGAUAUUCUUUAGCGCCUUUAGCUGAAUUUAACCGCACUACUAUCUAAUUCUGAAUUGAAAAAAAAAAUUGCUGGACAUCUUCGCCCCCCCCCCCCUUUUUUGCUGGUGUAACGUAUAAUUCCCUUUUUAUUUUCUCAGCCAUAGAGUAACGUGUAUUGACCGCGGUAAAAGAAUUCCAUGAUAUAAGAGAUUGCGGUACCCCUCUAUAAAACAAACGAUGCGCUUGAAUGCAAGGACGCUUUCCCAUGUUUAAGAACUGGCUGAAUUGCCAUCGACUCAUUCAACGACCAACUACUCAAACUGUAAGAUGUACCUCUCUAUUUUGUCCAUCGUCAUCGCUGUGUUGGGAGCUGUAGCGAGACCUUUGACGCAGGAUUCGCGUGCGAAUAAUCAAGUGAUUUUGAGUUACACAACGGACACUCAUUCACGUCACGAGACUGGCAUACCCGGACGCUCUGUGCAAGGAUUUUACAGUUACAUCAGCGGUGAUGGUCGGUGGUACAAAGUGACUUACCAAGCGGAUGAGAGAGGAUACCGGGCCAAGACUGAACUAAUGCCUAUGCAUAUUUACGAUCCAGUUGUCAACUCCCCACCUGUCCAGGUAUCGAAUAGUGUCACGGAAGUAACUUCUGUUGUCCAGACUGUCGAAACUGUGACGCACAAGGAAGACAUUCUUGAUCAAGAAAGAAUUCCACAGGAAGUCACAACGAUCAAAACAGUAGAUAUGAUUGUCAAAGACACUGAGAAUGUUUCGAAAGAACCACCGCUGCCAACUCUCAUAAAUAAAGAGCCGGCAGUUUCCAUUCACGUCCCGCUUUUUACCAAAGUGUACACGUUGAAAAAAGCAAAUCAUUCCGAGCCUAAACGAAGAAAAACUAAAAAUGGAUCUUCUCAAAUCUAUCGCUACAAAUUGGCUUACCUACCGUCUUAUGGCGUGUGGUGAUGAUGCUGAAAAACCCAAUCAACUAAUUAAAUCAUAUCAAAACAUUUCAAAAUGCCAUCAGACAUUAACGACGUCACAUUUUUCCGGAUGAAAGUUAAUUACUAUUUUUGUCAUUGUUCAAAAAUUGUCGCUUUGAGCGGAAUAACAAUCAUCACUUGUACAGGGUACAAUCAAUACAUGUCCAACAAAGAA